GCUCGCCACGUUCGGACGGGUUUUUUUCCGCUGCACUCUUGACACAUUGGGGGGUUUCAACAGUGUGAUUGUUUAUUGUUGGAGUAAAUUGGUGCAAAUUUUUUGAAAGUUAGUGUCAAGUUUGGUUAAGAGAGUGUCGAACGCGGUUUAAAGUUGACUCCGUCAACAAGCUGAUCGAAGUUACCUGAAAAGUUUUUGCGUUCGAAAAUAAAAAGAAGGCCUGAUAAGAUUGUGUUUGUGUUUGUGGUCGACGCCGACUUAUCAACUGACAGCUGUCAGCGCGCACCGCAAAGUCGACGACGCGAAAAAUUUUGAGCGAUUGAGGAGUGUCACGGCAGUGAUAAAUUUGUCAAAACAAAACAAAAGAGAGCGGCGACUGCCGCUGGUGGUGCAUUCGUUUGGUAAUCUUAACGCAAAAAAAGGGAGGAAGGAAAAUUUUGCGUGAACAAAAAGAAGAAAAUUACCUAGAAUUAAAAGCAAGAAAUAAAAAAACAGCACAAGUCGAGUUGUUCAUCGUCGCCGUCGGCAGUUUGAGUUAGCCUUCAGUGAGAGUGAAUAAGACGCGAGUGUCGACUCGCGAGCGAUUAAAUUUACAUAAUUGACCACGCUCAACGUCGUCGUCGAUUAGUUUUGUUUGGUGGUGAGGCACGGGGAGACAACACACAGGACGACAUUUGCUAAAUACACACACACACACAGGAAACAAGACGACUGGUUUAAGCCGGGAAAGAGAGAGUGGAAGAGAUAGAGAGGUGUGAAGGGGAAACUAAAGUUUGCUGGAAAAAUAUUCAACUCUUGCAAAACCGUAAGCCCCGCGCCCUUCUAGGAGUUAGGAGCUGGUGCUGCCCUCUUGCCGCGUGCACUGCAGCCGCCGCCCUCCGCCCUUCACCUCCGUAAGCACACACGUAACGGCCCCGCGCGCCAUGUCGCUGUGGGCCCGCGUCAACCAGCUGCCGCCGCCGGUGCUGGAGCAGAUCCGGUACAUCUACGGCAACAGCUUCCCGAUCGAGGUGCGCCACUACCUGGCCGAGUGGAUCGAGGAUCGGCUGCUGAACGCCCCAUCUUACCAGCAUGAGCAGGAUGCGGCGUACGAGCAGGAAGCGGCCACUUUUUUGAACCAGCUGAUCAACGAGCUGGAGCGGACGGCGAUAAAUUUGCCCGAGGACAACGUGACGGGGCGGAUCCGGUUGAACGAGUCGGCGCGCAACUUCCGGCAGCUGUUUUCGCACAAUCCGUCGCAGUUGUACUCACACCUGAUCAAUUGUCUGCAGCGGGAGCGGCAGUGUAUAGCGUACCCAAAUGAGUGCGUCAACGUGCAGGAUCCGGAGAUUGCGGAGGUCAUCAACGGGCUGCAGGAGUUGCAGAUGCUGGUGCGGGUCAGCGAGAACGACAACCGCAACUUGGUGAAGGACUACGAGCACCUGCAGCUGGAGAUCCACGAGAUCACGAAGAAUAAGGCGUUGCUGGAGAACUUGGACAAUGCGGCGCUGCGGGAACAUGCCCGGACGACGCUGGCCCAGCAGGAACGGCAAGUCAACGAAAUGGUCAACCUCAUCACCGGCAAGCGGCUCCAGCUGGUGGAGAACUUCCGCAAGACGAUCCAGCUGACGUCACAGGUCCAGGAGAAGGUCCUCCACAAGUACCUCACCAACUGGAAGAUCAACCAGGGCUUCGCCGGCAACGGAGCGUCCGGCAUGAGCGCCAGCAAUCUGGACACGAUCCAGGCCUGGUGCGAAAGUCUCGCCGAGAUCAUCUGGAACACCAAGGACCAGAUCCGGCUCGCGAUGAAGAACAAACAAAAGCUCAACAUCGAAGAGCCCAACCUGCCCGACUUCCUGCCCCAAUCCCUGGUCGAGGUCACAAACCUCCUGAAAGCCCUAAUCACGACGACCUUCAUCAUCGAGAAGCAGCCGCCGCAGGUCAUGAAGACCAACACCCGGUUCGCCGCGACCGUCCGCCUCCUGAUCGGCAACACGCUCAACAUCCGGAUGAGCAACCCGCUGGUUCGCGUUUCAAUUAUUUCAGGUACGAGCUAUGACCAUAAGGCCCAAGCCCAGGCCACGCAACAGUCCAACAAGGCGUCCGAGCAGUCAUGCGGCGAGAUCAUGAACAACACCGGCAACCUCGAGUACAACGAAACCACCAAGCAGUUAUCGGUUAGUUUUAGAAAUAUGCAGCUGAAGAAGAUCAAGCGGGCGGAAAAGAAGGGCACCGAGAGCGUGAUGGACGAAAAGUUCGCGCUGCUGUUCCAGUCCAGCUUUGCCGUCGGGCACGGCGAUCUGGUGUUUUCGGUCUGGACCAUCUCGCUGCCGGUGGUCGUGAUCGUGCACGGCAACCAGGAACCGCAGUCGUGGGCGACCAUCACGUGGGACAACGCGUUCGCCGACAUCAACCGCGUCCCGUUCCACGUGCCGGACAAGGUCUCCUGGAACCUGCUGGCGGAAGCGCUCAACACAAAGUAUCGCGCCUCCACCGGACGCUCGAUGACCCAGGAAAACAUGCACUUCCUCUGCGAGAAGGCGUUCCGGGCGAACCUGCAGUUUCCGGUGUCGGACGAUCUGACCAUCACGUGGUCCCAGUUCUGCAAGGAGCCGCUGCCCGACCGGACGUUCACCUUCUGGGAGUGGUUCUACGCCGCGAUGAAGGUCACCCGGGAGCAUCUGCGGGGGCCGUGGAACGACGGCAGCAUAGUCGGGUUCAUCCACAAGACCAAAGCCGAGGACUACCUGCUCAAGUGCCCGCGUGGGACGUUCCUGCUGCGGUUCUCCGACAGCGAGCUGGGUGGCAUCACGAUCGCGUGGGUCAACGAAAGCAACGACGGCCAGCCCCAGAUUCUGCACAUCCAACCGUUCACGGCCAAAGACUUUGCCACCCGGUCCCUCUCGGACCGCAUCCGGGACUUUGAGGAUCUGUACUACCUGUACCCGAACAAGCCGAAGAACGAGGCGUUCGACCGGUACACGAGUCCGCCCGUCCCGUCCCGCAACCGGAACUACAUCCCGUCCGAGGUGCGGGCGGUCCUGAUGGGUCCGAGCAACAACAACAACUCCACCAUCAACUCGUACCCGAACACACCGAACUCGUACAACCACCUGCAGUCGCCGGACGCGUCCCGAGAUACGCCCUCCAGCGGGUAAGUUUGGCCAACUCGUGC